AUGAAUACACCAUUGCGUGUUCAAAGAACAUUAGCCAAAUUUGGCGUGGUGGAUGAACAGUUGGACCAACAAAUACAAUCUGCUAGCGGAACAAGCGUUGAACUUCAAAGUGUUUAUGUUGACGUAGAAUAUAUUGGCGAAAUUGGAAUUGGUACACCUCCUCAACUUUUUUCUGUUGAUUUUGAUACAGGUAGUUCUGACAUUUGGGUGCCUGCCAAGGCUUGUCGAGCAAGCAGCUGUGGACGACAUCGUCGAUUUAAUCCUGAAGAAUCCUCGAGCGCUGGUAACAACAAUCAUACCACCUGGGCCUUACAGUACGGUGACGGGUCUGUUGUGAAAGGCUAUACUGCUAUAGAAACGAUUACAUUAGGAAACGUAAGUCAGCCCAAUCAACGAUUUGGGUUAGUUACAGCGCAAACAGCCGAGCUUGCUCAGGAUCGUUAUCUAGACGGUAUCUUUGGGUUAGCGUUUCCACCUUUGGCCUACACAGGCAUCCGUUCUUCCAUUGUACAAGAUUUACAUCAGGCUGGACAUAUCACCUCACCUAUUGUGAGUUUUUACUUGGGACAAGCGAAGGAUGGAGGAAAAGGCGAAGUUAUAUUUGGCGACUUCAACAGAAAUCACUUUGAAGGUGAUUUGAAAUACGUGCCGGUCACUCUACAAAAAUAUUGGCAAGUCGAACUUAACAGUAUGAACAUUGAUAACGGUCCCAAUAUCUUAAACUCCACAGCCUUUCCUGCCAUUGUUGACACUGGCACUACAUUAAUCAUCGUUCCUCCUCACAUGUCUCAAGCUAUUCAUCAGGCUAUCCCUGGUGCCGAAUACGAACCUAUGCAUGGAUGGCGUAUUCCUUGCGAUUUUGCCGAGCCACAGUCAAGCAACGGCCAAAUGACCGACAGUGUACUCAAUAUACGUUUGGGAGAGCAAGAAUUUCCUCUUUUAUUAAAAGACUUGGUGCGUGCUAGAGCUGUCUUUCCAUUCAAGGGGCCCAAAAUGAUGUGCUAUUCUGGUGUGGCCGAGGCUCAAACACCUAUGAUAAUAUUGGGAGAUACCUUUCUGAGAAAGUACUAUUCCGUAUUUGAUUUUGGACAUGCUCGUAUCGGUUUCGCUAAGGCAAAGCCUUGA